AAGGCGCCAGAUUUAGGCUCUGGUCCGAAAGGGCGUGGGUUCAAAUCCCACAGCUGUCAAUAUUUUUAAUGAUUUUUUUGUUUUUCUAAACUGAUCCAUGAGGAAAUCGAAAUUCAAUGGUUACCACAUACACAAAACAUCAACUGAUAUUAACUGUUAGAAACUGGUCUCUGUCUGAUUCUUCUAUCAGUGUUUCAUAUUUUCACUCACCCUUCAUCAAUGGCACUCUCAGUUUGCAGUGUUGGCCCCUGGAAUCUUAACCCCAAAGCAUUAUCAACACCAUCUUUCUCCUUCAAGUCCCUCAAAUUCCCUCCCUUUUGGCCAACCCAAAAGGUGAAGAUGGGUCCUCUGAGUGUGUCUCCCAUGGGGUUUGGAACUUGGGCAUGGGGCAAUCAGUUUCUCUGGGGGUACCAGGAAUCCAUGGAUAAUGAGCUCCAACAAAUCUUCAACAUGGCUCUGGACAACGACAUCAAUCUCUUUGACACUGCUGAUUCUUAUGGCACUGGAAGGUUAAACGGUCAGAGUGAGAAGCUUCUGGGGAGGUUCAUUCGAGAAUUUCAAGAGAAAAAGGGGAGCAAGCGUGACAUAGUAAUUGCUACAAAGUUUGCUGCAUAUCCAUGGCGCCUUACACCAGGGCAGUUUGUGAAUGCUUGCAGGGCGUCACUAGAUAGAAUGCAAAUUGAGCAAAUUGGGAUAGGACAACUACAUUGGUCAACUGCAAAUUAUGCUCCUUUGCAGGAAUUAGCUCUUUGGGAUGGUUUAGUGGCAAUGUAUGAGAAGGGUUUGGUUAAAGGUGUUGGAGUAAGUAAUUACGGACCAAAGCAGCUUCUAAAGAUACAUGAUUAUCUGAAAGACCGUGGAGUCCCCUUAUGCUCAGCCCAGGUGCAGUUUUCUUUGCUAAGCACGGGGAAAGAUCAACUAGAGAUCAAGAGUAUAUGUGACUCUCUGGGUAUCCGCAUGAUUGCUUAUAGUCCUCUGGGACUUGGAAUGCUUACUGGGAAAUACUCACCAUCUAAACUUCCAAGUGGGCCAAGGGCGUUGCUAUUUAAGCAAAUACUUCCGGGAUUAGAUCCUUUAUUGAGUUCCCUGAGAGAUAUUGCAAAUAAACGGCGGAAAACCAUGUCACAGGUAGCCAUAAAUUGGUGCAUUUGCAAAGGUACAGUUCCAAUUCCUGGAGUCAAAUCAAUUAAACAAGCGGAGGAAAAUUUAGGUGCUCUGGGUUGGCGCCUAUCCUCAGACGAGUUGCUUCGUUUAGAUUAUGCAGCAAACGAAUCACCUCGAAGAAUGAUCCAAAACAUUUUCCAAACCAGAUAAAAUAUGAAGCGAGACCUCAGCACAAGGUGCGGACGGAGAAAAAGCUUACUUUCACUCACUGAAGGUCACAUUCCUUUAUCAUCUGGUAUCAAGAAAGGGGAGUAGAGCUAAUGGAUGCGUUUCAUUUUUACUUGUCCAGGAUAAUUGCCAGCUGAUUAACCUGAUUGAGGAUGCCAUACUAUCACUUUUAGGUUUUUGUGAUGGGCGACUAAAAUACAGAAGUAAGAAGCCGCGAUGCCACACAGUCACUUCAUAUAGCAUUGCUUUGUAUUUUCAUUGUUAAAAAUCAUACCGACUUAGAAAUAAUUGUUCAAUGCACAAUAAUAAACUAGGCUUUCAACGAAGACCAGAAACCACACUCAGAAUCCGAACACUCUGAAAAACAGCGACGUCUCCGUCAAAGCUUUUUAAUCCUCCGACCGCGAGCCCAAAAUAAAAACAAACUCAUUACGCUUCUAAGGGCAUUGGAGUUAAAUUAAAGAAAAGGAUUUAAGAAAUCAUAAUUACGGUAAUGGUGUAUCACGAGUUAUGUGAAAAACAUAAGAAAAUUAUGGAGUCGAAAUUACGGGCCUGACCUUCCACAACUUAUAAUGGAAAUAAAAGGAAUUAAGUAAUAAAAAAAUUGUCAGAGAAACAUCCACUUCAAACGCAUUAUUGUCAAAAACAAAAUUGUAUCACCAUUAGAAGGAACUGUAGAAUAAUUCAUAACGAGUCUCAAACUGAAAACAAGAAUAAUGAGUAACUACGAUACUAAGAAGCUAAUGGAAUUGUCA